AUGCCUACUAAUCCCACCCUCUCCAUGGCCAUCACCAUCACCAAGCUAACCAUCCCCAACAGAUCUCCCCUCUUCGAACUCCAUUCAACAUCAUCAAGCACCCUAGCAACAACAGUGGUUCCCAGCCCCGACCGCGUAAUCCGCCGCCUCAGCAAGAAAUGGCGCAAGCUCCGCGACAAGACGGCAAAGUACAAAGACGCCGAGGCGAUCCUUGACGAGCUCGAGCUGUUCCUCCACGAGGAGAUGCUUGCAGGCGUGGACGAGACGCUGGAGAGUUUGGUCAAGGACCUCAAGGACGAUGACCCCGAGGUGAAGAAGAAAUUCGGGGUUCUGAUAUCCACUCUUGCGGAGCUUAUGAGAGAGCAUGCGAGGAAUAAUGCGGGCGAUCUCGAGGAGUUGGAGAGGGUUCUUGAGGUUACAAAGAGGUGGCCGAAGGAGGGGAUGACGAAGACGAAGACGAAGACGACGAGGUAG